AUGAUGAGAAAUCAGAAAGGGUAGGCUGAAAUUUCUGAUUACAAAACUUCUGAAAUUUUCAUAAAUUCCAGCGAUGCUUCCAUCAACACGCCGAAACGUGGUGAGAAUCCGUUCCAAACGCCGACGAGCAAGAGCUCCUCUACUGGAUUCGCGAUCAUGUCCGUGGAGUUGCAGCCGUAAGCUAUUCCGAUAUUUUAUAACUGGUUUCUUGCUUUCAGGGGCCUUCCGAGAGUUGUGAACCAUCAAGAUUUGGCUCCGCCCGCCCAUAUUCCUCUACCAAAAUCGAUCCGAAAGCCAUUCAAUAACAAAAACGGAGGUGGGAGAACAAGAAGUGGAAACGGGAACGAAAGCGUUAAUGGAUCCCCGAGAACCCCAAAUCGCUCCGGAGAAGGGAACAGCCGGAAAGGAAUGGGCGGCUUCUCGAACCCAAACCUUCACGCCUUCCAACUCGUCAGCCCCCUUCCAUUCGCCAUGAACUCUGUCCCGAUCCGCGGAAUCAAAACGGAACACGGAACCGUUAAGUAUCCGCUGUUGCUGUGCUCCCAGGAAGGCACUCUGAUGAUUUCGAUGGCCGCCGGCGUCAUCGUCGAGCUCUGUCUGGAUCGGAGCUUCCGCGUCGUCUGCAACACCGACUUCAUGGCGUACAUCAACGCUACGGGCUCCGUCUCGAGCAUUCUCCACAAAUAUGCGAAGAUUGUGCACGGUAAGGAACACGUUCACUGCAAGUUUUUGAACGCCAACGAUCGGAUGGCCGUCCUGGGACCCGAGGGCAUUCUGUUCAGCAUGGAUUCGCUCUCCGAAGCCUAUCUUUUGAGCAGCGUCGCCGAGUCCGGACCAUCGGCCAUUGCACUCGAAAAGCCGACGUUUCCCAUCCAGAACAUGGACUAUUCGAUCCAACAGUUGUACGCCGAAUCGGAAAUUGGAACUGACGUAAGUUUCCCACUAUUCAAAGCCUGGAAACAAAAGCAUUAUUCAGAAAAUGGAAAAGUGCAGUGCGAUCAUGCAGAAGGCGAUGUACGAGAAAAAACCAGAUGGCACACUCGUCGUGCACAUCAACGGAAUGGUUCUGAAGAGCAACAGCGAGACUGGUGAAGUGUCGGUGGAAGCGAAGCCGAUUCGGCUGACGAUCAAUUCGCAGACACUGUCGGCUCAGCUCAGAAGCUCGCACAUCGACAUGGCGAUCCAGGACAAAGAUAAGUGCUACGUGAAGAGAGGAGACAAACGAAUCCACACUUCCCGCUCCGGAAUGGUCGUCUCCGAUGGCACUUGCACUAUUUCCAUGGAUCAGUAUGGACGAAUUCUAUCUUGUUCAUAG